AUGUUAGCCCAAGCAGUUCAGCAGAUUGUUGGAAGGAAGACACGGAAGCACAGGUUUUAUCACAUGGUGAAAGCCACAGAACGCUCCUCCCCAGCACACCCAGGGCUGAGCGGGACUGCUCCCUGGCUGCUUCCAGCCUCUGCAGGCUGCCCCUGCAUCAGGCACGCCGACCCUGCUUUGCUCUCCUCUGCUGCUGCCCAGGCACCUGCUGCUGGACCUGCAGGAGAAGCAGCUGAAGGUUCUAAAAUACAAGACAAGAAAGUCACUUCAGGACAAAGCAAUACCGGAACUAAACCAGACCAUCCACCAAUACUGAAGGUUGAUGACAGGCAACGGCUUGCUAGAGAAAGGAGAGAAGAACGAGAAAAGCAACUAGCUGCAAGAGAAACCAUCUGGUUAGAAAGAGAAGAGAGAGCACGGCAGCAUUAUGAAAAACACCUAGAGGAGCGCAAAAAGAAGCUAGAAGAACAACGAUUAAAGGAAGAGAGAAGACGAGCUGCUGUAGAAGAAAAGCGAAGGCAGAGAAUAGAAGAAGAUAAGGAACGACAUGAAGCUGUUGUACGUCGCACAAUUGAAAGAAGCCAGAAGCCAAAACAAAAGCAAAACAGGUGGUCCUGGGGAGGAGUGCUACAUAGCCGCAUUAAUAACACAGAUCCAGACAGGCGAUCUGUUUCAACAAUGAACCUUUCGAAACAUGUUGAUCCAGUCAUUAACAAGCGGCUCUCCUCCUCAUCUGCAACAUUACUAAAUUCUUCAGACAGAGCUCGCCGUCUGCAGCUCAGUCCAUGGGAGAGCAGCAUCGUUAGCAGGCUCCUGACGCCCACACACUCAUUCCUGGCCAGAAGUAAAAGCACAGCUGCAUUGUCUGGAGAUGCAGGUAAACCUAUAAGAGCAGAGACUUCAUGUCUCAGCCACGUAUAUUUCCAGGUUCCCAUCAGGAUGUUGUAAAAUUACUGAUUUAAUUACACGUGUACAGUAGCAUCCUAGAAUGAUUUUGGAAAACCUGGGGUACAUUGUAUGACAGGUUGAAAGCUUUUGCUAUGCUUGAUUUGCUCUGCUUCUUUCUUCCUCACUUCUCUCUUAAAUAUCUUUGGCCUCUUCAUCAUUGUAAGAAGGGAAUACAACACAUGCAGGGCAACAAUUUCACGCUGUUUGUGGCUGCUGAAGGAAAUGCCCACUAUGCUGUAAGGAACUGAUUCAGCACAUCCACGCUGUGAGCUGUUUGCUGCAAACAGUGCCAUUCUGCACUGGAGCACUUCCCACAUGAAACAUGUUGGACAUGUCAGAGUGAUAGGCUCUGGCUGCAGUAGAUUUAAUAGCGUGUAAAGUUAAAUGCGCAGGUUUAGCAAGGUUACAAUAACCGUAAAGUUCUCUGCCAACCCCAGAACAGCCCUUUGAUGAACUCCUGUGCAGAAGAUUAACAUGCAAAAAUAUGUAAAUAUCGAUAGGCAGUAACUUAAAGCCUUAGUAACUUAAAGCCUCAUUUCAGUGACAGCCAGGACAUACUGGUUUAUCAUGCAUUUUAGGCAUGUGACAGCUGCUUUUUUUCUUGCCGUAGAUUGUUUUGAGAACAUGCAGUUGGGAUUUUACCAUUUUAGGAGUACAUUUCUGCAUGAAUGUUUAAGCCUAGGCAGGUCUUUCCUGUUUAAUAUGGACAGAUCUUUAUGUUAAUUAAAGGACAUAGAAUGUAAGAGAGAAUAGAGAUCUCCUAAGAUUACUUUUAAAGAAGCUUUCACUUAAGAACUCUUAUCGCUAAUUAGGCUGCAGUACAUUUCCAUAGGGAGAGAACCAUAGGAGCAAAAAUGUGACUGAUAUUCUUCAAGCGGUGGAAUUAACAAAUAGAAGUUCCUUUUCACUCUUCAUGACUUUUAAAGCGAUAGCUUGUAAAAUGAAAGCUUAAUGUCAUCCACCAAGCAGCAUAUGGAAAUGCAGCUCUUCACUAGGGAAUACCUGAGAAAGCAGUUUCUUAAAUUUGAAAGUGGUUACUUAACUGGAACACGUGGGAAGAUGAUUCUGUGACUGCUGUUGUUUCAUGCUAAAGCUCUAAACUGAGUGGAAUAUUGAGAAAGAUUGCAGAUAGCAGGAACAACUGAUUUAUCAGUCAUCAUUUUGAGGUAACUCCCCAGAAAUACCUUGUCUGUCCUAACUAAAACUGUACCACCCAGAAGAAUAAUCCAUCUUUUCAUUGUUUUGCAUGUAUUAUUCUCUAGGAGCAAUAACUGCAGUCCCUUCAUGCAGGACACUUCCUGGAGAUUAAUGAUAAGGUGGUGGUAAUGGCUCACAGCUGUGCUCUGAGCACUCCACUCAUCCCAGCCUGUCAUUAUUCCCUAGAAAAUUACCCUGCCUUUUGGCUGUAAAGAUGAAUUGCAAUGCAAAAAAUCAAAUUAAAUGUGGAUCCAUGUCCUUAACACUGAAGUUAAGCAAGCUACUGGGGACUUCCAGCAUGAGUACAUCCAGAUAUAUAUAUGUAUUUUUAAGUAACUCUUCAAAACAAAAAUGUAAUUUUAAAUAACUCUCCUCUGUGUUUGUAAUCCUGUUGGUACAUCCUGAUUCACUGGGAGUGCCUCAUACAGCAUUGUUUGGCAACCUUGCAAAUGGAAACGAACUGCUUGUCUUUGAGCAUUUAUGAUGUCAUCUUCUGUGGUAACGUUUGAUAAUCAGCAUGCAGCAGCAGAAUUGAUUCACAGAGGGUGGAAAAUAUAUAAACUGUAAGCUGUUAAAAUAUACAUUUUGCCACUGUCUCCUGUCAGGUUCAGAUAUGCUCAAUCAGAUUAAAAAAAAGAAACCAAA